GGGGUUUUUUUAAAAAAAAUCAAUGCUGAAAAAACUAUUUUAUAAAAAAAAAAAAAAAAUUUUUUUAAAAAAAGGGGUCAAAGAAGUCCAAGCAUUGCAUAUUUUCUGUGAAAGCUCUUCCCGCUGGCAUUACUUAAGCUGGCGUGCCCUCUUCGUAGCUCUUUGCUCGCUGGAAAAAAAUGGCGGAUAAGGUAGUUCUGCUAGAUUUCUGGCCCAGCAUGUUCGGGAUGAGAGUCAGAAUCGCCCUGGCUGAGAAGGGCGUGGAGUACGAGUAUAGAGACGAAGAUUUAGCAAACAAAAGUCCUUUGCUGUUGGAGAUGAACCCUGUCCACAAGAAAAUCCCAGUUCUCAUCCACAAUGGUAAACCUGUCUGCGAAUCCCUCAUCAUCGUUCAGUACAUCGACGAGGUCUGGAAGGACAAGGCGCCAUUGUUGCCCUCAGAUCCCUACCAGAGGGCUCACGCGAGAUUUUGGGCGGAUUAUGUCGACCAGAAGCUAUACGUGCCAGCGAGGAAGCUGACAUGGUCGCCGGAAGAAUGCGAGGCUGCGGGGAAGGAGUUCAUUGGAAGCCUCAAGAUGCUGGAAGGAGAGCUCGGAGAGAAGCCCUUCUUCAGUGGCGAGACCUUUGGGUUCGUGGACAUUGCUCUGAUCACAUUCUACAGCUGGUUCAAGGUAUACGAAACCUGCGGCAACCUAAGUGUGGAGUCGGAGUGCCCCAAGCUGAUAGCAUGGGCCAAGAGGUGCCUGGGCAGGGAAAGUGUGGCCAAGUCCCUUCCUGACCAGGACAAGGUCAGUGGCUUCAUUGCCCAAGUGAGACAGGAACUUGGGUUGAAGUAGGGUUUAUGUGUUGGUUGGGGCUGUGGGUUGGGUUGUCUUAUAAUUGUCUUAAAUAUCUUUAAUGGUGCCACUUUGCAUUUUGUUGUUGUUGUUGUUGUUGGUGAUGGUGAUGUUGAAGCCACAUAGGAGCGUCUUCUCUUCUGGUCAGCAUGGUUAUUGUUGUGUCCUGCUUGUUUAUAUAUGGAUGAGACACUUGGGUGUGUCUUGAAUA